GAGCGCGGCCGCCAGACGAGAUCGGGAGACUGCACAGCGCGCCCAUCGGCCGCGUUUCUCUGCCGACGUGCGCGUGCGUGUGGCGUGUGCACGCGUGUGCCAGACCGACCCCGAGACGACAGCCAUGGUCCUCCCUGGAUUGCCCGCCGCCUGAACCGGAGCCCGCGGCGCGGACCAGCGUCGACGGUAACUGCCAGGAAUCCUUGAGAUGUCACGUCCGAAGAUCUAGCGCUUGGGUUGACCAAAAAAGGCUCCACCACGGCAGAUAGCGGGGAAGAAAGAAAUCUGUGCAUCAAGCAGGUCCCGAUGCCAGGCCAGACGACUCAGAGUCUUCAUGGCAGCGCUCCAGCCGCCGGGACGCCGUGUUGCGAGUCCGGGCGCCCCGUCUUGACCGACCCGAUCACCGGCCAGACGGUGUGCUCCUGCCAGUACGACGCGCAGCUGCUCAACUACCAGAGGCUCGCCGCCUCUGGGCUGCCCAUCAACAUGUACGGGACGGCGGCGGCGUACGCCGGAGAGCAAGGCUUCCUGCCCCUCGGCGCCGCCGAGCAGUCCGCCUUCUACUCGCCUUCGGCAAAUGGCUUCGACCUGAAGGAGAACCUCGAAGCAUGGCGGAACCUCCCGUACGCUGCGUCCAUGUACUAUCCGUACGACUCGGCUGCCAUCGCCGGCUACCCGUUCGCGAAUGGGUAUGGCAUGGACCUCAACGGCGCCCGACGCAAGAACGCCACCAGAGAGACCACGAGUACGCUCAAAGCCUGGCUAAACGAGCACCGAAAAAACCCCUACCCUACGAAGGGCGAGAAGAUUAUGCUUGCCAUCAUCACGAAGAUGACGUUAACGCAGGUGUCUACGUGGUUUGCGAAUGCCCGGCGCCGGCUAAAAAAGGAGAACAAGAUGACCUGGUCACCUAGGAACCGAUGCGACGACGACGACGACGCGGACGGAGACGACGCGCCGCCCGCGCGACACGACUCCAAGGACGGCCAAGGAUCAGCGGCCGCUUCGCGCCAGGACAACUCCACUUCUUCAUCGGAGGCCGCGGCAAGGGCGGCUGAAGAACUGGCACGCCGGAACCACCAGCUGAUGGCGGCCGCGGCCGGCACAGCUGGUCUGCCGGAGAACCGCAAGAGGCCACGCGAUGAGUCUGACGAUCUCGUGGACGUGGACGACGACUCGAGGUCCUCGGACCUGACCGACCUGCGGCGGCCGAGCGGGACGUCGCAUUCCUCGGAGGAGCCCCGUCACGGGCUGCAGCAGGGCGGCGGCAACUUGUCGGACGCCUCGCUGUCUGACUCCGAGUCUUCGGCGCGGACGCCCGCGGCAUCGCCCAACGGACAUAGUGACGUGUCUUCGGCUCCGAAGCCGCGCAUAUGGUCUAUCGUGGACACGGCCACGUCCGGCAGCCCCAGCCACAGCAUGCUGUCGCCGGGGACGCCGUCGGCUGCCGCAGUGGCGGCGCGCAUGGCGUCGCUGCAGCGCUCGGCGCGGCUGGACUACCUGUCACCGUACCACAAGACGAGCUCGUGGUACGCCAGUACGUUGGGCAGCCUGGGCGGCGGCUCGUUUCCCCUGUCCACUGUGUACAGCGUGCCCACCAUCAUGUCCCCAGCGGCGGGGCUGGCGCCAGUGUCGGCCGGCUCUCCCCUUACGGACUCGACGACGGCCGCGUCGCUGAGCAGGUUACGGAGUGCCGCCGCGUUCUCUGCGGCCGCCGACAUGGUGCUGCCGAAGCCGGCCGCCGCUCCGCCGCCGCCGGGGCCCUCGGGUGCCUUCAACCUGAGCCGGCUGGCGCCGGCGCGCUCCUCGGCCGCCGCGAUCGCGGCCGCCGUCGCCUCAACCAGCAGCAGCCCGUCGACGAGCCAGGCGAGCGCGCCGCAGCCCAGCCCCUCAUGAGGCAGCGCCCGGCGACGGCUCCGUACUGCUGCCGGUCGCAGCGCCGUCAUCCGCGCGCCGGGCCGCCAGGAACACGCUUCUCUCGAGGGAUGAGCGCUUCGGACUUCGUCGCCGUGUUUUCUCCCGCGUAGUGUGUGUGUGUGUGCGUGUGUGUGUGUAUGUGUGUGUACGUGCCGCUGUCCCAGCGUCGUAGCACUGCAUGUAGACUGUGCCGUCACAAUGACGUGCGCGCGCACCUUAGAAGACCUCCCUUCCUCUGGCUGCUGUGCCGUGUGUGCAACUCGCGAGAAUUUCGACAGCACGCCGACCUUGUGCUGAACUAUCAUCAUCUCGAGCUUCCUACUCAAGCAUGGGGCAUUUAUUUGUUAUCACUAGUGACUUCGCGCUCACUGGGCACCGCUUGGCUACAAUGACAAACUGAAAGAUCCCAGCGCCGCUAGCGAUCCAGGCUCUGGAUGUCACAAAGUUUACGUGGCACCUCUGCGGGCGCGGACAAGCUUGCUUUUAGACGAAUGGUUUGUAGCACUCGCUCACAACUGCGAAAGAGAGGAUACAGUGCGUGGACCUCUUCCAUCCCCUUCGUCCCUUCCCCACCCUUGUACAUAGAAACGAAGAAGGAGAAAAAUAUCUCGUGUCCUGUUUGCUGCCGCCUCACCCUACAUUGAUGUCAUCUUGCAUCGUUCACGCAGAGACCCUCUCUACAAGCCUCGCCCCCACGCCCUCUUGCUGCUCUUAUGUACUAGUGUUGAGACCGACACGGCUUUUCUUUUCUUCUUUCGUUGUUGUUGUUGUUAAAGCACGUCAAGAAAGGUCCAGUGCGCCGAUAUUUUAGGACGUUCGCGUAUUUUGUAACGACCGAAGUGGCUUCAAGUCCCUAAUGUAGGAAACCCUUUAACGUUGUCUUCAUUGAAGCUUACCUACGUGGCCUAUUCCCUCGAGUUGCGCCGCAUUUUUUUAGUCAAAUAGGAAAACCCUGUGCAGGCCGCAAGCAGGUUGCAGCGAUUGUAUGAUUUUGUGACGUGUUUUUCGUAAGAAGUUGUACUAGCUCUCGAAUUUACGCUGAAUAUCUUUUGCAGCUCUCGCUCAUAGUUGCGCAUGUGAAUCAGCGGGAACAACUUUAUGUGCUAGCUACACAUGGGUUCAUUGAAUGAACACUUGUCUGAAUGACUAAACAGCAUAGCAAGCACCCUUGUGUGUGGUAAUGUGGACGGAUUUGCGGAUUGUUCCAAAUUUAAACCUUUUUAUUUUUUUUUUCAAUGUUCAAGCAAUCGUCAUACUUUCUGCUUAAAGGCUUGUUUGUGGUUGAAUUGUCAUCGCAGCCUACAUCACACCGCAAUUGUAACACUGUCCAUGCCUCACUCAAUGUACUGUAGUACAAUGGCUGAUUCUUUUAGCUGGAAAGCGCUGGUAUCUUGUUUGAAGGCCUUCCGAGCCAAGGAAUUCAGCCCAGCGCGGGACAAUGAAAUUGUGAGAGACGUCAAACUUUCUCACUUCAUAAUGUAAAUUUAUAAACUAUGCUGGCAUUUGCGAGAUGAGGCACAAGCUGACACAUAUCAAUAAGGCUACUAUGUCCAGUGCGUUAUCUGGGAUUUUUUAGGCUAUUUGGGCACAGGCUAUAUGGAUACGCUGAGUCAUUGACAGGAAACACUAGAAGUUUAUGAGGGUCACCAAGAAUGUACGAUCAUUUAAGUUCACAUCUCACCAUUUCGCAGCUAUUAUCAAAUGUUUCGCAAAGCCAAAGUGAUAAGUGCUCCGUACAAUAGUAUAACGCUCUUUUUACUUAGAAAUAUUUAUUUUGUUGUCUUUUCAUUUCUCGUCAUUGUGGAAGUUCUGCAAACGUGUAACAUCGCGCGUAACGGAUUGAGGUGGUUGUGUAAAGUCAGAUCAUCUGCAGGAGCAAAUAGCUGCGGCUUGCGUUGUGUGGGGUGACGCAUGUUUCGUACUGUUUAAUGGAUGUGCCACAGCGAAAAGUGACUGGUGGAUACCCGCUACAUGCGCUAGCUAAACUAAUGCGAAAACUUAAAGUGCGAGGACGAUAUUUUUCAGUCAUAUGUCGAGAAUUAUGCAAGGUUGCCCUAACUACCUAAUAAAAGGCUAUCGUGCAACAUGAGAGAGCAUGAUAUCGGGCAAUGAUUUACACGGUUACAAAUUUGUUUUGCCCCGUUCAGAUGAGUGACAUACCGGUUCCAUUUAGAUGUAUAUAGUUCACUGCUCCGUGAACGUUUUAUUCCUUUUUUUUAUUACGAAGUGUACGUGGACCAGGCGUUUAGGUACUCAUGUGAGCUGAUGGAAAAAAGAAUACUCACCUAAUGAUGGCCUCGAGAGCUACGGCAAGAAUAUUGUUACUUUAUUUAUGUUGCGGUAAUGUGGGAAUUGUUAGGUCAUAGAUACAUCAUGGAAGAUAAACACACGGUGACACUGAUUUCCAUCAAAGACCGGGUUUGCCGAAUAGUCAAAGGCGUGUGCACAGCACACUUAGUCUGAAAUUAAAUAGGGGGAAAAUUGCGCCCUGGCGCACUUUGUAAAUCAAUACCUGGUUGUUAAGAAAAGGCAUGCGCACUUUGAGCCAUGGCAUCGCGUUGGAAGGCCGAGAUCCCAUAUAAUUCAAAAGGUUAUGCGGUAUCUAGGGUAUACGCACAAUUGGGGACCGGAGGGUAAUAGGGAGGGGAAUAGGGAGAGAAAAAGGACGCGCAAUCGGAAUGUUCAAAUUUUUUUCUCCAAAACAUUGUUAUAAUAAUUAUUAUUUCAAUGUGAGUGACUUUACUGGAUGCAGUCGGAGCGUGCAAUGUAACCUAGGAUGUGUUGAUCAUAUCGUCCGAAACUGCAGAAAGUGAAAGGCAUUUUAUUAACUAUUAGAACUUGGGGUUGCACAUUUGUUUUCGAGCGUUGCGCAUACGUACUUGGAGCGACAAAAUUCUACUGUGCUUUUGACUGCGGCACUUGCAUUUCCCGCCUGCCUGGUGAUAUUUGCGAACUUUGCUGCUAUAAGCAGGAAGUGACGCGUUGAUGGAAGUAAACUGCCGUCUAUUUCGUGCGGGGGAAUAGACCACACCAUAUGUGACGUUUCGAGUUCUGUACUGAGUCAGUUCGGAUGUGUUGUUACUUUACGCCAAGCUGCUUCAUUUUGUCAAUGCUCUCUGUGCACAAAGCCAAGUUUCAGCAGCUACCACCGUGGACUUGGCGUUUUACACUGAUGUUUCUAUUCUGUUCUCAUUCUAGUGCUGUGGGUUACUGUGAGUGACGUGCUAGGUUCUGCAUAUUGAGCUGCUAAAGGAAAAAGAAGCAUGGCGUUACCAAGAGGUGGCGUGGAGGCACAAUGAACUUCCCUCUGUAACUUAUUCAAAGGCAAUGGUGCAAACGGACUGUAAAUAUUUAAAAAAGAAGUGAAUGGUGCAGUGUGUGCAUAGAAAAAAAAGAAACAAAAAGCAGGAUGAUGAAUUUUCGACCCUGAACGCAAAACAGAAUGUAAACUCUUCUGUAAUAUUUUAUUGUUUUGUUUUGCGUGUCUUAGUUGUUGAUUUCACGUCCUGAACACUUUAUUUCCAUUUCGAGCCGCUGUCGCUACUGGUUCUCUGGCAACCAUGACGAUGACAGACUGCGUGUGUAAUACAGUAAAAUACAACGUGUUGGAUUAAAAUAUAGUGAUGAUAAAAACAUCA